AUGAUGGGACGACUAAGCGCCCUCAGGACUGACAUUGCGCCGAGAUUACAUGACAUUUUGGGGCUGCUGAGGAACUUGCGCAGCUCGCGAGUCGCCUUCAUCGCGGCUGAGCCGACGGCCAUGAUGGGACGACUAAGCGCCCUCAGGACUGACAUUGCGCCACUCGUUUGCCGCUCAGGGCCCUUCUGGCCGGACCCGCGGGGCGAUUUGGCCUGCAACUGA